UAUUUGCCUGUAAUGUAGAGAAUACGCUAGUAGUCGACACGCUCUGACGGAGUGAGUCGAGGUGAAUUACAUCUCUUAGAUAAUCUCACCAUGAUUUCACUGUCACUAUUACUAUUUACCUUCAUAGUCGGUGUUAUUGGUGUUUUAACACUGUCUUUUUAUCGUCAAUUAAAUAUUUGGCGGGUAAAUGGAAAAAUACCCCAUUUAAAACCUAUACCAAUUUUGGGAAAUACAUUUGCUCCAUUUUUCUUAAAGAAAAAAUCCAUAACCGAUUGGCUUAGAGAAGCGUACAAUAGUUUUCCAAAUGCAAAAUACUUUGGAAUGGUUGAUUUUGGCCUACCAGUGAUUUUUCUUCGCGAUACCGAAUUAAUUAAGGAUGUGUGUGUCAAAUUAUUCGAUCAUUUUCCCGAUCAUAAUAAUAUAAUUGACGAGAAAGUUGAUCCUAUUUGGGGUAAAAAUGUAUUUGCUUUGAGAGGUGAUAGAUGGAGGGAAAUACGAAAUACAUUAAGUCCUUCAUUCACUGGGAGUAAAAUGAAAUUUAUGUUUGAAUUGGUUGAUAAGUGCGCGGAAAAUUUUGUCAAUUAUUAUUUAGAUCAUCCGGAAGAUGGAAAAAUGGUCGAGAUGAAAGAGGCAUUCACAAGAUAUACCAAUGAUGUAAUUGCUACAAGUGCUUUUGGAAUUAGUGUCGAUUCAAUGAAAUAUAAGGAUAACGAAUUUUAUCAACGAGGUAAAGAUGCAAUGAAUUUCAUGGGAUUCUUUCGUUUAAUAAAAUUCUUUUUCUUCCGAUUUUGCCCAAGUGUUAUGCUUUUUAUUCGUGAACCAUUUUUGUCACGUGGUACAAAUCGAUUUUUUAAAUCACUUGUUAAUGACACAGUGGAAACAAGAAAGGCAAAAAAUAUUAUUAGACCGGAUAUGAUCCAUUUGUUAAUAGAGGCAAGUAAAAAUGAUAAGGGUGUUGAAAUUACAAUUGACGAUAUAAUAGCACAAAGUUUUAUAUUUUUCCUCGCUGGUUUUUCGACAUCGGCUACUUUAAUGACAUUUGUGGCACAUGAACUGUCUGUAAAUCAAGAUGUGCAGGAAAAGUUACGUGAGGAGGUUGAUAGUUUCACGAAUCACGAAGGUAUUUCAUAUGAUUCCUUAUCGAAAAUGAAGUAUUUAGAUAUGGUAAUAUCUGAAGCAUUGAGAAAGUAUCCUCCUGCUGGAGUGGUGGAUCGAUUGUGUGUUGAGAAAUAUACAUUCCCUAAACCAACACCAGACAGCGAUGAAUAUACCAUUCAACCAAAUUCUCUUGUAUGGUUACCAAUAUUUGCACUACAAAAUGAUGAAAGAUAUUUUCCUAAUCCAGAAAAAUUUGAUCCUGAAAGAUUCAGCGAUGAGAAUAAGGAUAAAAUUAAUCCUUAUGCUUAUAUUCCGUUUGGACUGGGACCAAGAAAAUGUAUCGGCAACAGAUUUGCUUUAAUGGAGGUAAAACUUCUGUUUGUUCAUUUGUUGCAACAUUUUGUUUUUGAAACGACUGAAAAAACUAGACACCCAGUAGUGUUUGAGAAAGGAUUUAAUGUUGCUGCUGAUGGAGAUUUUUUUGUGAAACUACGAAAAAGAACAACUUAAAUCAAAAUAAAUGUCAAAAAUCUAAUAAGAUUUAAAGUAUAGAAAAAU